CGCGUCCACAAUUACUCGUUUAGAAAUCGCACUAUAGUUUUGGAUUUUUCAAGUUUAUUUUAUUUGCAGCGACGCAUAGUUAUUUUCCAUAAAAAUGAAGUGUGUGCUCUACAUUGUAUAUUGUUUUGCUAUUUUGAAGAGUAUAUUAGUACUUUCGAAUGGUAAUCCGUUCAUAGGAUACAACGUAAAACAAGCUGAAUCUUAUGAGUUUGAUUUCAUAGUAUCAAUAAGUAGAAAAAAUUAUGCAAAAAUGUCGUUAGAAGAAGACUAUCACAUUUGUGGUGGAGCACUAAUAACUACAACACAUGUUCUAACAUCAGCACAUUGCGAAUGUGAAGGAUCUGUCGAUCUUGAGGAUUAUACUGUUAAAGUAGGGCAUGAUUUACGAAAUCCGGAAGCUAAUUUCAGUAUUUCAACCUGGAAUAGCUAUCAAAAGUGUUGUUGCUCUUUGUUCAGACGUGGGAACAUGUGCAAUGACAUAUCUGUAAUCACGCUAUUCGAUGACAUAUAUUCCAAAAUAACUAGGGAAAUAGUAUUACCAGUACUAAACUAUUCGCCGAUCGAGCAACUAUACAACAAAAACGCCACGUCUGCCGGCUGGGGUGAUGGAAUUAAUAUGUUACAUCCGCGAUACAUGCUAAAAGUAACGAUGAGAACAAUAAGUAAAGAAGAGUGUCAGAGGAAUAUUGAUAUGGCACCAAUAGUCGUGGGAGUAAAUGAUAAAUAUCGAUCUAAGAGAAAACGCAUUAUUAAAAAUAAUACUCUUUGUAGUAAUGGUAAUCCAGUACCUGGAGUGAUACCCUAUACAACACUUGGAGGCGGCGACAGCGGCAGCCCUCUUAUGAUUGGAAACAAUGAGAUAAUUGCUAUUAAUACUGGGGUUUUUCCACCGGAAAGUCCUGAAUAUUAUGCAUACCAGCAAUCAUUGCAUGUUACGUUCUUGGCUCACCGGGAAUUCAUUGAACGCCAAUUAAAAAAUGCAAACGAGAUUGGAUGUUUUGGAAGAAAAUAAAUUUUUAGUUAUUUUCAAGAUUUGUUUCAACCAUAUACUCUUAGAAGUUAAACUCAAAUACUAGCAGAAGGAUACUGUAUGUUGAAAGCAAAUUAUGAUAAAUUGGGAAAAGUAAAUAAUUUGUAUGAAUUUUCUUGUAAUAUUACAACAGCCCGUAAAGCUAAAAUUUAACGUCGAUUACCGACAAGCAACAAGUAGUAGAUUACGUACCCAAGCCGGGAAAGUAUUUAAUUUGCCAGCCCACAACACGUGUUUGACAACUUCGAGUUUGCCUUGGUUGUCAAUUAUCACUUGCUAAGGAAGUUACCAGUACAUUUCCGACCUAAGUACGUUAUCUACUAUUUGCUUCAUACUCUUGUCGAAAGAUCGAGUUUUCUUCCGUCGUACAUUUGCCGAUAGUUGAUGUUUCUUCUUAAUCCGCUAUCUAGCCAGCAGGGAAUGUCUACUUCCCAAUUGAUCUUCCAACCAUAUUUCUAUAUCUAUGUACAGCACCAUUUUCUAACCUUAUUGUGGCUGUAGUUGGAGUGUUCUUGGAAUAUGAUAGCGCAUCAUUUGUGUAAUAUUAUCCUUUUCACAAAUUGACUAGGACCAUGUAUAUUAUUGAUUUUAAAUCAAAUUUUCAUCAAACUCACCAAUUAACACCUAGCUGUUAUCAACGAAAUAGUAACAGGAUGAAGAAAUCAUGAUUUUAAUAUAAUAAUUUCAUUGCUGCUACUACAAUUAAUAUUAUUACGAAAUGAUUUUUAUAAAAAGUCCCUAUUUAAAGUGAAAGUUUGAAUUAAAAAAAAAUUCUCGUUUGUACGUAUGUUAUUGAUUCUAGCUGUUAAACGAAACAGUGAUACGAUAAAAAAAUAAAGAAA